AUGGUAGCGAGGGUAGCAGGUGUUUUUGAUGAGAAACUGACGGAGGCAAUAGCUAAUUCAAAAAUUUUAGUUGUUGGUGCCGGCGGUAUAGGUUGUGAAAUAUUAAAGAACCUGGUUUUAACCGGGUUUCCUCAGAUUGAAAUUAUCGACCUUGAUACAAUCGACGUAAGCAAUUUGAAUCGUCAGUUUUUGUUUCACAAGGAACAUGUUGGGAAGUCGAAAGCACAAGUGGCUAAAGAUAGUGCGCUGAGCUUCAAUCCUAAUGUUAAUAUUGUUGCACACCACGACAGCGUCAUUAGCAAUGACUAUGGAGUUAGCUACUUCAAGCAAUUUGAUAUAGUUAUGAAUGCAUUGGACAACCGUGUGGCCCGUAAUCAUGUAAACAGAAUGUGUUUAGCUGCUAAUGUGCCUCUAGUAGAAACUGGAACUGCUGGGUAUGCAGGACAGGUGGAGCUAAUCAAGAAAGGCCUAACACAAUGUUAUGAAUGCCAACCAAAAGCGCCACAGAAGUCAUUUCCAGGCUGUACUAUCAGAAAUACUCCAUCUGAACCAAUCCAUUGCAUAGUUUGGGCGAAACAUCUCUUUAACCAACUCUUUGGAGAAGAAGAUCCUGAUCAAGACGUUAGUCCCGAUACAGCUGACCCUGAAGCAGCAGGGGACGCUGGUGCAUCGGCAUUAAACUCUGAGGGAACAGAGGCUGGAAACGUCGAAAGGAAGAGCACUAGGGCUUGGGCUUCAGACACAGACUACGAUCCAGAAAAAUUAUUUUCAAAAUUGUUUGGAGACGAUAUUCGUUAUUUGUUGUCUAUGGAAAAUUUAUGGAAGAAACGUCGUCCCCCUACACCAUUAUCAUGGGACAACCUGCCAGGAAAGGACAAUCCACCGACUCAACACACAGGAUUGCCUGAUCAGAGAGUGUGGACAGUGUAUGAGUGUGCUCAGGUGUUUGCUGAAAGUUGCAAAUCGUUAAAAGCUGAUUUGAAAAGUCGUCCCGAUGGUGACCAUCUUGUUUGGGACAAGGAUGAGAAGAGUGCAAUGGACUUUGUAACGGCAUGUGCUAAUAUUCGUGCUCACAUCUUUAACAUACCAUUAAACUCCAGAUUUGAAAUCAAAUCAAUGGCUGGCAAUAUUAUCCCAGCAAUAGCAACUGCGAACGCAAUUGUAGCUGGAUUAGCUGUCUUACGCGCUCAAGCCUUACUUAAGGGUAAAAUUGAAACUUGUACCAGUGUUUACUUACGACCUAAAGUAAACCACCGGGGGCAACUCUUUGUACCAGAAAGAACCUUAACAGCACCAAACCCUAAGUGCUAUGUUUGUGCGCCAAAGCCUGAAGUUGCUCUUGCUUGCAAUCUUAAACAACUGACAAUUAAAGACCUAAACACUGCUUUCAAGGAGGGACUUAAUAUGCAAGCUCCUGAUGCCACUGUAGAAGGUAAAGGUCUUGUCGUAUUAUCAUCAGAACCCGGUGAAACUGAUCACAAUAAUGAAAAAACUUUAGACGAGAUGGGUCUGAGCGAUGGAUGCGCUUUACUAGUCGAUGAUUUCCUACAAAACUAUGAAGUUCGUGUAAGACUACAACAGGAGGACGAUGAGAAAUCUUGGCGUCUAGUGACAGACACAGACUCUCCGAUGCUUGGGCCUCAGGAAGAAAAGACUAAUGGUUCUAACGGUGCAAAGGAACCCAAAGCUGGUCCAUCACGCUCUAAAGAAGAUAGUGACAGUGACAUGGAAAUAGUGGAAGAGGAUGAUGAUGGUGUAACACCUAAAGCACCAAAACGUAGACGUACGGAGAUGAAUAACGAAGUCGUUGAACUGUGCUAGUUGAAUCUUAUGACCAUUAUGUGUAAAUUCUCAUUAAUACACACAAGAAAUGGUAUCUAGUAUUUAUAUUGAACUCUUAAGUGUUACAGUAAAAAUAUAUCUGUAGUGAUUAUAACUUUGUAAAAGUAUUGUCUAAUAUUUUACAUUUAUUGUGUUAUAUCUCAUAUUUUGGAAUAAAUUUUUUCACUGACUAAUGACAAUUAUUAAUAACAAAAUAAUUUUCAAUCAAUUUGUCAUUGGAACUAAAUAAUUUUCCUUAUGUAAUGAUUAAGAAUGUAUCAUUAAAUUAAAAUUGUCUAAAUUGAUGGUUCCAAUUAGCCCAAAAGAUCAUAGUAAAUUUGAUUAAUGUGAAUUACAAAAUGUAUUUCUAAUAUACAUUAUUACGAAGAACAACUUUCCUAAUUUAAAAAUCAUUAAUUAAUAAGAAUUUUUAAAUGUUACUUCUCGAAAAUAAAUGAUUUAAAAUA